AUGGGUAUCAUUAUCAUUAUGGAUUCUAGGGAGUAUGACAAUGAUGCCGAAGAGUCUCAGAUAGAUGAACAGGACAAGGAGAACCAGCAUCGUGGCCGGCGUGGCAGCAGCAAGAGCCGCAAGGAUCUGUUGCCGUUGCUGACCGAGGCCUCGAAUAUGCCGCAGGAUCACUUGUAUUCGUACGUGUAUGGAGCGGCUGGAUCCUGGGGCCAGUGCCUCCAACCGCAGGUGUGUUCGGCGUUGCUCCGGGCUCUGCACAGCGAGCAACUGGGUUACCUGGCCAGCUGUUAUCAGGGCGGGGCAGGGACCUCGAAUGCUGCCACUUCGAGCAGUGGCACCAUAACCACCACGCACACCACUGCCACUGGAUCGUCGGCAGCUUCGCGGCGUCCCCUGCGGCAAGCAAAUCAAAACCAACAACCCCCUCCAUAUCGCACGGGAUCCCACUUUGGAUUCAUGUCACCGCGCCAGUUGCCGCGCACCGAGCACAAGCACUUGCCAUCGUCGGAGCGGGAUCGGCAGGGCUAUCGUCCCAUGCAGCGGGCCAUCAGCUACGAGGAGAUCUUUGCCUCCCCGCGCUACGAGCACCUCUGCCAGUUCUGUUUCGAGCAGCUGCUGCGUCUCAAGCCCGAGCUGCAGAGGAUUGGCGGAGGCACCGGUGCCAGCAGCUGUGAGGAAGACUUCACCAGCAUCGAGAGCAGCAAUGCCAUGACACCGACACAGCUGCCCAAACAGCUGCCUCCGGUACCGGAGCUGGCCGACGACGACUAUGAUUACAGCGAUAUGCUCCAACGUCCGAGCAUCCAUCAGGAUGCCAGUACCCAGACUGGGUGCCCGACCGCUAGUGCCUCCGCCACAAACUUCCUUAACCAAAUCGAGCGUUUCAACUUCUCGGAGGAAUCAACGAAUGUGGGCUAUAUACCCAAUCUGGUCAACAGCGAGAUGAGCAUCUUUGGUCUGGAGGCAUCCAGUGCUGGAGCAAGUGCCACUAGUGCUGCUCCUCCGAGAAUCUACCACCCGAAUGGGGGUGACAUCACCGAGGUUUGGGGCUUUGGGCGCUGGCAGGAAGCUCUGGGUGCCCAAAUGAUUCAAAGCGGCCACCAGCCGCUGACUGAGCACCGCCUGACUUUGGAGAUCACCGAAAACUUUGAGACUCACCAGAUGGACCUAGGUCCUGGAGCGGAGUCUCUUGAACGGCAACUGAUGACGCGGGAAGAGCGGCAGCGUCGCAAGUUCGAGUUCGAGGAGUUGUGGCAGGAUCAUGUAGAAUACUACACUGGCAAGGAGGAAAUGCUGCAGGAGGAGGCUGCGGAAACUGUGGACUUCUUGGGGCACACAGUACAACUUUGCUUGGGCGGGAACAGGCAGAGGACUUAUACCUUCCCAGCCCAGGACUGGAACCGUGAUCAGGAAUCGGAGGAAGAAAACGAGGAGCAGCCGGCAAAGGCUCCUCCCAACGAUGAUACACUGACCGAUCCCACCGAUGAGUUGCCCGGCAUUCUGGAAAGCUUCGAAAAGAGCCUCACUGUAGCCGGCGAGAAUCUGGAGAAGCUGGUGGCCACCACCAAGCAGUUACAGACCUUAAACGUCCAGACAUCCAGCAGCUCCUUGGGGGAUAGGCCUUUGGCGGAUAUUGGUAAUCUUUUCCCCUCCAGUAGUUUGGAGAACAUCCCGGAAGUCUCUGACCAGGCAUCCGUAUUGGAGGAGGAACUGGAAGAAGAAUUCGCCGAACCGGCAAACCCCAGCAUGAGCAGCAAUGGGGAUGAGUUUGGUGAAGAGAUUACCCGAAGCCUGGACCCCGAGGAGGAGGAGAAGCGUGACGACGAAAAGCCCGUGUCUCCAGAUACACCAGAGGUGGGGGAACCAAGUGCCAAGGAGAAGGAAGUGGCCGACGAAAAGGACAUAGAUGAAAAUGAACUGAAGGAGCAGCAGGACUUGGAUGGCCAGUUCCAUGAGUUGGCUGGGGAAGUCGGCUUGUUUACUCCCUUGGAACGAGAGAUUCUGCAGCGCAUCGAGACCGAUAGGCUGGACGAUGCUGAGCCCAUUUUUGGGAAGAUAGACCACACCAUCCGCAACAAGCUGACUCCGAAAAAGUUGCAGGACAUGGUCAGCGAGGAGAUCUUCCGCACGUGCACCUAUGUCUACACCAGUUCUCCCGCCGCAAUCAUGCGGCCACCAGGAGACACUCCAUCGACUCCCAGUGGCUCUUCGUUGUCGGCCCACAACAUUAGCGCUCCUUGCAGCUCGACAGCCCAUACUCACCUGGUCAUACGGCCCACACCGAGAAUGUCGCGGUCCUGGGCAGAGGUUGAAGACGGGGACCAUCAGGAUGGGAAGCCGCAGGUGCAGAUGGAUGAGGAGCAGGGUCUCCUGGAACGGGCCGUGUCCUCCACAACAUUUGUCUGCCGGCCGAGUGCGCGCCGCAAGCGAAACUUCAUCCAGGAGAACAUUCGCAAUGCCUGCCGACCGCGUGCGGCAUCCGGAUCAGUACAGAAGCCAAGGGGCAACGUGACCAUUGGCGCCCUGUCUGCCCGCCCCAGUCCGACGACGGUUUGUGCCUUCCAGUGCGGCCAGCGGGAUAGUGGCGCCCGUCUGUGGGUUUCCCUGCCCACUAGCCCAUCUCGUUCUCGCUCCGGCACAAAGCGCGGCACCACUGCCAGUCCCACUCGGGCGUUGUACAACGUCCGACGAAGUCCCACUUCGCCCUAUCCUAAGCGCCGCAAACCCUUGGUUCUGUUGCCGCCCUUGCGUGGCGCAGAUCUGGCCAAGAAGCCGUCCAAUGGCUUUGAGCCCAGUUCGUCCAGCUUAUCCCUCCAUGAAUCGAUGUUGACCAGCACUUUCUUUGUGCCAAGUAAUGGACAAGCGGAUGACCAUCAAGCCUCCAUCCACACCUUUCCCAUCGAAGAUCUGAAUGAGGAGGAGCAGGAGGAACAGGAUGAGAAAGUUGACCAAGAUGAGCAAGAGGAUCAGGAGGAUCCUGCUAACAACAGUCAGGCCGAUUCCUCGUCGGCGGUAGACAAGGCCAAUGGCACAACUAGUACCAUGUACUACAGUGCCAACAGCACCACGGAGGACGGAGAGCAUUCACAGCCAAGCGAAGAUGGGGAGGAUCUUGAGGAGCUGGGUUUCCGGCUCAUAAACAGUGAAGAAAAUCCCGAAGGAGAAACCUUCUUGGAGGUGGCUACUUCUAACAGCGGUGAGGAUGAAAAUACCUCCCACAAGUCAGAGGAGGAGGCACAAAUGGAGAAGAACUCCUUGCCCGAAAAUGACAUUGAAUCGACCAUAACGAACUUGUUCUCCGGGGAGUCUCAGAUUCCAUCGCAGUCUGAAAAUAGCGAAGUAGAGAAUUCCAGCGAGGCUAUCGACAAUGGGGAGACAUCUACAUCUCCACCAGAAGUCUCUGAAGAGCAAGGAAUGACUGACGAAGAGCCAAUAUCUUCAGAAGAUCAAGUAAAUGGAUUUGAACCUACACCUGAAACUAAGGAACUACUGGAGGAUGAGCAAUCACGUCUUGAAGGUGGAUUCCAAUCGAAAAUGUCCAAGUCGUCAGGGUCAUCUGAUAAACCAGAGAACACCGAUGCUGAUGAUGACUCGGUUCGCUCGAGCUUCUCCUUGAACAAGGCCCGUGAAUUGAAUCCGAUACUAUCCGAACACAGCUACCUCCUUGAUGCUGUCAGCAGUGACGACGAUAAGGCUGAAGAGAAGGUUAUCAAGGUGACCAAGUCGGAAACAAAUAUGGCCAAGGGUGACGACCAACCGAGCACCUCUAAGGCAUCUGACGAACGUAAGAGUGGUGGAGCAGAAGCCAUCCCCAAGCCGCCGGCCUCUCCUUCAUACUUCUCCAUGGGCCAGGAGGAUGAAGAUGUAGUUGUCCUAGAAACCAAGUGCACCGUCGUGGGCCAGCAGAUGUUUGUGCGGGAGGUGGGAGUGAAGGAUGAUGAGCAGGCUACCCAAUCGAAUGGUUGGAUCAAGAUCGAGGGAAUGAUGGGGGAUGAUGAUGAUUAUGAGGGUCAAGAACCCCAUUCAGGUAGCCAGGAGAUAGAUGAGGAGAUAGAACCCACUGAAGAAGAUUGA